CGCCAGUUUCGGAUAUUUUUUGCUUUUACUUUGAGCUUGUUGGAGUUCGUUGAAAAUGCCUGCUAGAAGAGCUCUUCACAUGGAUGGCGGCAAACGUGGUACACCUUCCAAAAUACCAGCACAUGACACAGACUACUCUCCCCGAACUGGCACUGCAAUUCUUGAAACAGAAACAGGUCAUGCCAUGGCGACCACUCAAAUUCAACAAAUCCCAUUGACAGAUUUUGAAAAAUGGCAGUCCCUGAGAUUCAAAUUGGAAAGCUCACUCAAGUCAUUCUUCAAGGCCAGGCAAGAGCUAGAGGAAAUAGUCUCAGCAGAGAGCAGCAGUGAGCUGAGGAGUUUCUUCACCAGAGGUUCUGCUGACUUCAGAACUGAACUGAAGAGGCACAGUGAGCUGAUAUCCAGAGCAGAGUCCUGUUUAAAAAGAAACUAUGUCUGCCAGAACUCCAGUCAAGAAGACUUGAGGAAGGGCAGCUCCUAUGAGUUUCUUAAAUCCAUUGUGGGAUGAGCACUGUGCGCAUGUUCCCCGGGAGAUGAGGCGGGUGAUGAAUGUGGAAUCUGCGCUGUUGGUUGAGAGGCAGAGAUGUCUCUGAAGCCGUCACUCAUCGGGGAUCGUGUCAGAAGCUGUGAGAACAAAGCCCCAGACACGUUUAUGUUCGGCCGUCGUCUACCUUGGUGGAGCCUCUGCCUGACUGCUGACAAAUGUUGAUUCUACAAUAACCGGCAUGCAGCUUCACUGUAAAAAUAAUGUCCUUUCAGAAGGCAACCUUCAUCCCCAUUAGGACUGAUACUAUGCAAUCUUUCCCACCUGGGCAAUUCACACCUUUUAUAACCCCAAAAAACAGGAGAGGGUGUGAGAAUCACAUAGACAAAUGCACUUGCAGUCUCACACGGGUACACACACACACACACCACUCGGUAGUCUCUUUAUUUGGCAGUGCCUGGGAAGGCCGAGGCCUGUCACUGCCCGAGUCGACCCGGGCAACAGCUGGUGUUCACAGCAACAUUUCCUAUUUCUGCUCAAGGCAGAUCGUGUAACUCUCACUUUAUCGCCCUUAGAGGCCACGUGAAGGACAAAGCCAACACACCCAUAAACAAAACUAAUGUUUUCAUACAGGCCUCUGAAGAGAUUGGGAGAAGGGCCACUGGUGUUCUCAUGUCCGCUUCUGAUCCUUUGCUACUGCACCCUCGGCUGUACAAACUAUGAUUGCACAAAACUAGCUCCCAUUAAUUAUACCUAUUAAGAUCCCACAUGUAAUGUUUUAAUAAUCUUGGGUUCAAAGAUGAGAAUCGAGUCUUAGGCAAAACAAAAGGUUUAACUGUCCCUGACCAACAGGGAUGCUCUUUUCACUCUCCCUUCACUGCUUACAUACUGUUACCUGGCUGUCUGCUCACUGAACUACUCAUCUCCAAGAAGGCCAAUCCUCAUCUGCUUAAGCAGAACUAUCUAUGCUUGCACCAAAGUAUUGCGUCACCCACAUUCUUUUACAAAGGUAUGUUGUUUUGAAAUUAUGACUUUUAUAUGUUAGUUUGCCACUACAUAUCGUCUGUUUCAAAACCCUUGCAACUGUGCAACUUGUUGCCCCUAUUGAUAUUGCCCUUUGCAGCUUGAGGUAUGGCAAGAUGUUAUCAGAUGCUCAAGGGUUUUAACUCUUGCCUUUUAAAAAAAAAAAAGUUGCAAUUUAGGUUAGUUUUGUUUGGAUGUUCAUUUUACACCAUUUGCUGGGAUUUUUAGUUUUAUCGUCUGUUCAGUGGGUAAUUUUCUCUACUUUCACAAGCAACAACCUACAGAAUUGAUUUGACAGGGUGUCCAAGCAAAUUGAUAACAAGGAGGAGGGCACAACCUUUAACCCGGCCCCCAAAUCGACAGCUCAUGCUCAUUUCCCAGUGUAGCGACUGAAGCCUCAGAUCUCGGUUGCCCUCAAGCAGAGGGCCGGGCCCACUGCCCCACUUCCUCAGGCAGCCCUCGCUGACCUGAUAACAUUUAUUGUUGUAAUGGAUUUUUUUAAUGCCUGUCAUUAACUUGUAGGGAGAGGAGGGGGGGAGAUUUCUUGUACCUUUUUUUUUUUCCUCUGUGGUAUUUCAACUUUAUGGGAUUAUAUUCUGGUGCGUCACCUUCCAUCAUCUCUUUUUA